CGACAACAUCUGGCUAGCCCAGCGGACAGCCCACUGACUCGCCUCUCGAGCCAGCGAAGAGCCAAUUCGUGCGGCACGGCAGAGAAGAUAGGCGGAUCAAACAGGCGGAUCUCACAGGCGCAUCUCACAGGCGGAUCUCACAGGCAGAUCUCACAGGCGGAUCUCACAGGCGGAUCUGAUAGGCAGACCUGAUAGGUGGAUCUGAGUCCUAAGCGGCUUGAUGGCCGAUGCGCGGCAGGCCUCUGCUACCGGCGAUCCGCCCGCCUCCGUCGCUGCAGCCGACUCGCGCCAAGGCGAGGCCAUUCGCCCCGCCCGCCGCUUCUCCAAGCCGCCCAACUUCUGGCUGCUCUCCACCCUCGUCUACGCGCCGCUGCUACCGCUCAUCCGCAUCUCGUUCCGCCACCAGCCCAAGCUGAGGAACCGGCUCUUCGUGGGCGCCCUGGCCACGGCGUUCGCUCACGGCGCCUACAUGACCCAUUACUUCUACAACGCCGAGAGCUACACAGAGACCCACAAGGCAUAGCCCCUUGGGCAGUGCCGCGCUGGCGCUUGAUGUCUCGCCCCCCUGCAACGCUGGUGCACAUAGUUGAGCUCACUUCAUGUUAAUCCCGCCGGCCAAGCUGCGCUGCAGAUUGAUUUCUCACCACCUGCAACUUCUGCAGUCCCUUGAGCUCCCCAAAAACCAUGACACACAGUACGGUAUCGGUGAUGUUGCGAAUCGUACUCACGAGUCACGACCUCCCAAUAAAGCUGGCAGCAGCUCUAGCUAAGUCGAUAAGGGGGAGACCCGGCAUUACAAGCUUCAGAGCCACUCCCCCUUGCGUGCCCUCAUGCCAUCAGCACAGCGGGCAGCACAAGUCUAUUGCACUUGGCAUGGUAGAAUUGACUGUCUCGAGUCUGCAUGGGCCACGGCCCAGGUCAGAGGCAGUGCAGGUGAGAGGCAGUGCAGUGCAGGUGAGAGGCAGUGCAGGUGAGAGGCAGUGCAGGUCAGAGGCAGUGCUAUCGCUGCCUGAAAUGGGAAGCAGUUGUGGCGGUAUGAACGUGGGAAUGCAUAUUCUGGCAAAAAUGAAUGGGUACAGAAAUGAAGAGAAGAAGAGAAUGUCAACUUAUACAUAUUAUCUAUGUAGAAGUUAUAGGCUAGACUGAGGUAUGCUUCUAGUGAGUACAACCAACUAG